UCAUUAGUCUUCUUUUAUGGAUGAGGUUGUUCCUGCGACUUUAGAGAUCCAUUUUUCGAGUUGUUCUAGUUUUCGAGAAAACGGGCAAUAUUUUACCCGCUGUCGUAAAAUUUUACGGUUUCGGAAUUCAGUAAAAUUUCAGAUAGAAGGUUUAUAUAUCUGCGCGAGUUAGGAUAUGUCCUGAGAUUAAUUUUCGAGAGCGUGGAAGAAAAUUACAGUCGCGAAAAAAAGAUUCGGCGAUAAGUUUUGGAAAUAUUUUGAGACGGACGUUCGUUCCGUAAGUUUUCUGUUUUUACGAAUUUUGCUCGUCGCGGCGCGCGAAGGUUGUGGGGCGUGUUAGAAAUAUCUAGAUAUUUGUGUAAGGGAAUUGGAGGGCUAGGAUUGGCCAAGGGAAAGUGCUUUUGAUCAAGUGGUCAUGGUGGAGCAAGACCACUUGUCAUAGGUUUUGUUUGGUAGACUUUUGGGACUUAGAAAAAAUUGUGAAACCUCUCCUUCUCUUCUCUCACAAACCGUCCUUCUCUCCCUCUCACACAAAGCUUCAUUGAUUUUUCAUUUCUCACCCAUUCAAGCUAGGAAUUGUCUUGUUGGAUCAAGGAACUUGCAAGGAUAUCACUACUCAUAAGGAAAAUUAUGCCUCCGAGACGGGCACCUGCUGCUCCUGCUACUGAAGAUGACCGGGUUGAGCGUAUGGCCAACUCGAUGAAUGUGAUGGCGACUGCCAUAACCGCUCAGGCCCAAGCUAAGACCCAAAGAGACCUGGAAAAGCGGGAAAGAGAAAUCCAAGCUGCUGGGGCUCGGGUUCUUACUAGUUUCAAUAAUCAGAGUCCACCAAAGUUUCGUGGUGAAGGUGGUCCUACAGCUGCGGAUCUAUGGCUCCAAGCAAUGGAGAAAAUCUUGGGAGCAAUUCAUUGUCCCGAGGGGGAAAUGGUAACCUUGGCCACUUAUCAGCUGCUGGGCGAUGCGGAGUAUUGGUGGGGAAAUACAAGCUUGUUAAUGGAAGCUAACUUUGAGGAAUUUACUUGGGAGAAUUUCAAAAGAAAAUUUUUGGCCAAGUAUUUUCCGGAGACCGCAAGAGAACGUUAUGGUGAAGAAUUCCUGAAGCUGACUCAGGGAGGAAUGAGUGUGGAGGCAUCUGCCAAAAAGUUUGAAUCUUUGAAAAACGGGGUGUUACAAUGUUGUUCUAUCUGCUUGUAGAAAGGAAUUUAUUGAUGUUGAACCUGUGUUGGCUGAGGCACUUGGUGUGAGAUGGUGCCUCCAAAAAGCUAUUGAAGCUAACAUGAAAGAUAUUGUGAUUGUUUCUGAUGCUGCCACUGUGGUAAAUUGUAUCAACUCAAACCAGUCUAUAGAUAUGAUAGAAAUUGUUAUCCAAGAUUGUAAAUUACUCAUUGAACAAUUAGAUAGCGUAGUUGUGACACAUGUUAGGCGUCACUUAAAUUCGGUUGCUCAUGGUUUAGCAAAAUUCUCUAAUGUAGUUGGUACUAAAACGUGGAUGGGAGUAGUUCCAAAUUCCCUUGCUGCAGCUGUGUGUAAUUUAUAUGGUGUUUCAUCACCUUCUAGUUGAAUGAAAGUUGUCUUA